AGAUUGCGUAUGGAAGCCAUAUCAUGCUGCAGCAGUCCUCAGAAUCAGUUAAUCUUAUGCUGGGACAAGACAAACUAGCAGGUGAUAGCAAGGACACAUCCCGCCGUGCAAGUGAGAAAGAAUCUUUGUAUAGUUGCUGGUUACAUAGUCAUACUGAUGUCUACCCAGUGGCCUAUGAUGAUGGACGCAACAGUAGUCAACAGCAGCAGGUCACCUGCUAUCCCUUCAAGGACAUGAAUAACUGGUGGAUUGUGAGGAAACCGGGAAGUACUUCGUUGUCUUUGGAUACACCGCCGCAGAUAGUGAGAGAUGGCGACAGCAUUGAGCUGGUACACGGGACCACAAAGCGUUUGCUAAACAGCCAUAACGUGGCCGCUCCGAUCUGCAAGACAGCUCAGGAAGUCAGUGGAUUUAUCAACAAUACUUUUCCAGGUUUCCAAAAAUGGAGAGUGGAUAUCAUUGGCGAAGAUGCUGGGACCACAUGGAGAGCGAGCAAACAUGAAGUCCGAAUUGUCCAUGAGGAGACAGGUUCAUUCUUAUCCCUCUCCACGGAACGGCUACCGGAGUGGGGAUUCCACCAAAUGGAGGUUGUAGCAGCUCUGAAACACAAUGUCAAAACAGAUGCUGGAGUCCUGUGGAAAGCUACCGAGCACCAGUAUGCAGUCGCAAAUGCUGCUGAUCCGCAUGCCCUCAGUCAAGCAGACGUCCAGAAGAGUCUAAUACGCAAUGCAUCUCAAGUUGUCAACAUCAAUCUGCUUACCAAACUCUGGCACUAUCAGCUAGCAGUGAUGAGUGCUAACAAACGACUAUCUGAUGAACACGAGUACAGUACAAGUGCCCUAGACUGGCCUCUACUCUACAAAGGUGUGCCAUACUGGUUACAUCCUACCACCAAUACCCAAGUGUAUCUGAUAGGCAACCCAGUUCUGUGGUACUCUGGCACCGCGUCACUGCUGCUUUUCAUGGCAUUGUAUCUUCUGAUGAUAGUAUUGGAGAGCAGACAAUCGGACAUCCGCUGCCGAGAUCAAUGGUCUGAGCUCAACUUGACAGCAGUGGUACUGUGUGCAGGCUGGUUUCUGCACUACUUCCCGUAUACCUGCCACCAUGGUGUUUUGUUCCUACAUCAAUACUUAGCUGCCCUCAUCUAUAAGCUCAUGUUGCUAGCUGCCACGUUCAGCCACGUCCACCACUACUUUGCCAGGUCGAACAUAUCGCGGUUACUGAUGGCGGCAUUCCUCCUGGCCCUGUUGACAAGUGCUCUGUCUACUCGACAACAGCUUUCACCCCUGUCCUACGGCAAUACGGCAUUAAGCAAUGGGCAAAUUACACGCCUUCAAUGGAGAGAGUCCUGGGAAGUGCUCAUGCAUACUCCACUGCCAGAAGGGGUUGAGCGGCAGAUACAGAUGCAGAAGCAGCAACAGCAAAAUCGUUUGCAAAACCAGCGGCAAGAACAGCAGCAACACCAGCAGCAGCAGCAACAGCAGCAGCAACAACACCAGCAGGACCAGCCAUAACAGCAGUUCAGCAGCAGCAGCAGCAGCAACAGGCUGCUGACUGAAACUAGCCUGCUGGUAUGAACAGGUAUAGCACGGAAUUCAAGUACUUCAAGAGUCGAAGUAUUCUCAAGCAAUUGAAAAGCUUCGUAAUGCUGCUACACCCCAAGCACUGAGUAGAGGCAUGGGUUGGUAACAACUACCGUUCUCAGCAUGAGAUAAGGUGAUCUCGCAGUGGACAGGGUGUUGAUACUAUCACACUAGCACUAGCACUAGCACUGGCACUGGCUUCUUGGUCAGGGCAUAGGCAUAUUGUAUUGGAGAGGAUAAUAAAUUAUCAAACGGACCUCUCUUGUAGCCAUGCGCUGGCCGGAGUCUUUUAGUUCGACUCUCGCUCAGUGCAAGCAUCUGAAGAUAUGUUAGGGAUGGUUCCGGAAAUAAUCAAUAUACACAUCCGUAAUAUUUAUUGGCAGGCAUGCAGCCAAAAUGCCAAACCUUGAGCACUUGCAUGGCCCGUACUUGCCUUGCAGCAAAUCUUUUGCAUGGCGAAAGCUUAUCAACCAUGUCUGCUGCUUUUACAGUCGGAGACAAAGCGCUUUCAUUUCUGACAUUUUUGUAAUUUUUUAAAUUAUAUCAAUUUCCCCUCACUUGAUCUCUGCCCUAUCCAGCUAUCAGCGGUGCUUCUAGCCAUUGUUUUUCUAUUAAAGGCAAAAGCCUGAAAAAUAUGUUUGGGACUUGUGAAGCUCUCAAAUAGUCACGUUUGCAAAAACUCUCUUUGCAUUGUUUUGCCAGCGUAGCCUAUUGA